GACCGUGUUGCCGGGCUCUCCCCCUGCCCCGGAAGUCCCGCGCUCCCGGAAGUCGCGCUGCCCUCUCGGUCUCUUUCCGCCGCCAUCUUGGGCCCCGCUCCCCGCACAAAAUGCCCGGCGAAGCCACAGAAACCGUCCCGGCCACGGAGCAGGAGCUGCCGCAGCCGCAGGCGGAGACAGCUGUUCUUCGUGCUGCUCAUUCCCCACCUCUGACUCCAUCUCCAUCCGCCCAGGCUCUCCCGGUGCAGCCGCCCAGUGCUGCCACAGCUCUGCCGGGCCCCCCGGGCCCCGUGUCCCCCCCCGUGGUCCCAGCUGCGGCCAUCCCCGUGUUCUCCGUGCCCCCCCAGCCCCCUGCCCCGGCUCUGCCGGGCCCAGUCACCGCUGCCCCUCCUCCUGCUCCGCAUUCCCCGGUGGCUUUUGCAGCCCCAGGAUCUCCAGGGCCUGCCCCUGUUAGCCCAGUGUCUCCAGGACUCCCGGCUCCAGUGUCACCUGGCCUGGCUGCUGCUUCUGCUGCAGUGACAGUGGCUCCCCUCGCCCCCCCAGUGAGCCCCAGUUCUCUCCCAGCUGCUCUCACCUCUCCCAUGAAAGCUGCUCCCGCUGCUGCCUCUGUGGGAGCUGCACCGCUGGCCCCACUCCCUGCCUGUGGAGCAGCCCCAGCUCCUCUCCCUGCCGCUGGAGCAGCCCCAGCCCCUUUCCCUGCCUCUGGAACAGCCCCAUCCCCUCUCCUACCUCCCCCAUCCCGUCCCCUUCUGGCAUCUCCCCCACCAGUGUCUCCCAGUUUGCUGCCUGCUCCCACCAUGGCAGUGUGUCCCCAGAGCCCGGGAUCACCCCCACUUCCCACAGUCCCAGUGUCUCCUGGAAUUCCUGCUUCCACGCCACUGGCUUCUGUUCCAGCCUCUCCCCAAGCCCCAGCUCCAACCCAGUGCCCGGCCCUGGUCGGUGCCAUCUCUCCACCCAUCUUCCUAGCUGCCCCCAAAGCUCCCUUGUCACCCCCUAUCCCUCUGCUGCCAGCUGGGAUGUCCCCUGGGCAUCCUGCUGCUGCCCCACCAGGCCCAGCCCCUGGUGCUCCAGUCUCACCACUGGUCCCAGUUGCUCCUUCUGUUGCCAAGGCCUGUCCCGUGGGCCCUGCCCCGGUGGUCCCAGCUGUGGGACACCCAGUCCCUCCCUCGGUGGCCAGGACCUCUCCUGGGAGUCCGGCCACUCAGGCAGCGCCUGUAGCUGCGGCAGCUCCUGUGGCUCCUGCCCUGUCCACACCUGCUCUGGGAGCUGCCGUCUCUGUCCCAGGGCCUCCAGCGAGCCCCAUGCUCCCUGCAGCAGCUCCUGUGCCUGCUGUCCCCUCUGCCAGCUGCCCCCCUGUCACACCGGCCAUGGCAGCUCCAGCCACCCCUCCUGUGGCCAAACCAGCUCCUGGGAGCCCGGUCCCUGCCCCAGCUGCCCCCUCUGUCCCUGUCACACCAGCAGUGGCAGCUCCAGCCACCCCUCCUGUGGCCAAAACACCUCCCCUGAGCCCAAUCACUGCCCCGGCUGCCCCCUCUGUCCCUGUCACGCUGGCCAUGGCAGCUCCAGCCACCCCUCCUGUUGCCAAAACACCUCCUUUGAGCCCGGUCACUGCCCCAGCUGUCCCCUCUGUCCCUGUCACAUCGCCUGUGGCACCUCUGGCCACCCCUCCUGUGGCUAAAACAUCUCCUGCUGCCCCAGUCACACCAGCAGUGGCAGCUCCAGCCACCCCUCCUGUGGCCAAAGCAGCUCCCAUGAGCCCGGUCACUGCCCCCUCUGCCCCAGUCACACUGGCCAUGGCAGCUCCACCCUCCCCAGCUGUCCCUCCCACAGCCAAAGAUGCUCCCCAGGGCCCUAUUGCUGCCCCAGCUGCCACUCCAACUCCCCCCAGCCCAGCUCCAGCCACCCCACCUGCAGCCAAAGCUGCUCCCAAGAGCCCUGUUGCUGCUCCCCCGUCCCCUGCCACCCCAGCCCCUGCCACCCCAGCUCCUGCAGCUCCACCAGCUGCUCCCCCAGCAGCCAAAACACCCCCAAAGAGCCCUGCCAAAGCCACCCCAGCUCCAGCCAUCCCCACUGAGGACAAGGCACCCCCAAAGAGCCCUGCCAAAGCCACCCCAGCUCCAGCCAUCCCCACUGAGGACAAGGCACCCCCAAAGAGCCCUGCCAAAGCCACCCCAGCUCCAGCUUCCCCUGGAGCAGCCAAGAAGUCUCCCAAGGGCAGCCCUGUCACUGCCCCAUCUGUUCCUGUGGCUCCAGCGCCGUUGGCUCCAGCUGCCCCUGCUGAGGCCAAGGCACCCCCAAAGAGUCCUGUCAAAGCCACCCCAGCUCCAGUGGCCUCUGCUGAGGCCAAAGCACCCCCAAAGAGUCCUGUCAAAGCCACCCCAGCUCCAGUGGCCUCUGCUGAGGCCAAAGCACCCCCAAAGAGUCCUGUCAAAGCCACCCCAGCUCCAGCCACCCCUGCUGCGGUCAAAGCACCCCCAGAAAACCCCGUUACAGCCACCCCAGCUCCAGCUGCCCCCCCAGCAGCCAAGGCACCCCCAAAGAGCCCUGUCAAAGCCACCCCAACCCCUGCAGCUCCAGCCACCCCUGCUGAGGCCAGAGCACCCCCAAAGAGCCCUGUCAAAGACACCCCAGCUCCAGCAGCCUCUGCUGAUGCCAAGGCAUCCCCAAAGAGCCCUGUCAAAGCCACCCCAGCUCCAGUGGCCCCUGCUGAGGCCAAGGCAUCCCCAAAGAGCCCUGUCAAAGCCACCCCAGCUCCAGCCACCCCUGCUGAGGCCAAAACACCUCCGGCUCCUGCCCAGGUGCCUCCCAAGAGCCCUGUUACAGCCACCCCAGCUCCAGCUGCUCCCCCAGCAGCCAAAACACCCCCAAAGAGCCCUGCCAAAACCACCCCAGCUCCAUCCACCCCUGCUGCUGCCAAAGCACCCCCAAAGAGUCCUGCCAAAGCCACCCCAUCUCCAGUGGCCUCUGCUGAGGCCAAAACACCCCCAAAGAGCCCUGUCAAAGCCACCCCAGCUCCAGCCACCCCUGCUGAGGCCAAAACGCCCUCAAAAAGCCCUGCUGAGGCCAAAGCAUCUCCAAAGAGCCCUGUCAAGGCCACUCCAACUCCUGCAGCUCCAGCCACAGCUCCUGCUGCAGCCACGGGCGUUCCUGGUGCCCCAACCCCUACAAAAGCUGAUGCCAGCCGUCCCGGCUCUGCCCCGAGCGCUCCCCCUGCCAAGAAGCAGCAGCCCCUCCCCAAUAACAAGGUGGCCAAGCCGGCCACUCACCUCCCCCAGCCCAAGCCCCCCUCGAAGGCCCCGCUCGGCGCUGACGACGAGGACCUGCCGCCUCUGCUCCCCCCCGAGCCGCCCGUGCUGCUGGAGCUCUCUCCCCCCGCGGGGGUCCUGGCCCCCCCGGCGCCGCAGCCCGUCCUCAAGAAUGACAAGGGGUCUGGCACAGAGUCCGACAGCGAUGAAUCCGUACCAGAGCUCGAAGAGCAGGACUCCACACAGGCCACGACACAGCAGGCGCAGCUCGCAGCAGCAGCCGAAAUAGAUGAAGAACCCGUCAGCAAAGCAAAACAGAGCCGGAGCGAGAAGAAAGCUCGGAAGGCAAUGUCCAAGCUGGGCCUUCGCCAGGUGACAGGAGUCACCAGAGUCACCAUCCGGAAAUCCAAGAACAUCCUCUUUGUCAUCACAAAGCCAGAUGUGUACAAGAGCCCGGCGUCAGACACCUACAUCGUCUUUGGCGAGGCCAAGAUCGAAGACUUGUCCCAGCAGGCUCAGCUGGCGGCUGCUGAAAAGUUCAAAGUGCAAGGAGAACCUGUUUCCAACAUCCAGGAAAACACACAGACCCCCACCGUGCAGGAGGAGAGCGAGGAAGAGGAGGUUGACGAAACCGGCGUGGAGGUGAAAGACAUCGAGCUGGUGAUGUCGCAGGCGAACGUGUCGCGGGCGAAGGCCGUGCGAGCCCUCAAGAACAACAGUAACGACAUCGUAAACGCGAUAAUGGAGCUGACGAUGUAGCCGCCGGAGGGAGGAGCCUUUUUUGGUGUUUCAGAGAAGAGUAAAAUACAACUAAAUUUAAAAUUUGUACUAUUUCUAUCGGUUAAUAAAGUUGUGGCUUAUUGUUGGUGAAA